UAAAAAAAAGGGUAUAUAUAUAGAAGUAAUUAAAAGCUUGUGCUGUAUAUUCUUUGUACGCAGCCCUUGGAAAAUUAUCUACAAUCAUGUCAAACCAUACAAUUACUAUGGAUGCAGUGAGCGGCAUAUUGAGUCUCCUUCCAGUCGAGUCUUCUUCGUUUCAAGAGCGUGUCAAAGGAAUGGUGUUCCUUCAUCACCGAGCCUUAUUUCAUCAAACUCCAUAUCUCUCAAUCUAUGGAAACCAACAGGAAUAAUCGCAACAUCAUAUUUAAAGAUGUAGAAUCCGGUAAACUCCUCUCUGUAGAUUUUGAUUCCAUCGAUUUCCAAAACCUCAAAGCAAUCAAUAACCCGUUGAAGCAUCUUAGUGGAUGUGGUGCUGAUGAUGAUUAUGGAGAUAUCCAAGUUUUUGGUUCAUGCAACGGGUUACUCUGCUUAAUCAACAAAAGAUAUAGGAUAAUCGAGUUGUGGAACAUUUCGACAGGGGAUUACAAAGUCUUACCAGAUGAGUUGUUGAAAGUAACAGGUGCAUCUGGGGAGAUUUGGUAUUUCUAUGGCUUUGGGUAUGACUCAAUCAAUGACGAUUACAAGAUAGUAAGAGUUGCACAAGAGAUUGACUCAAGAAACCAUACACUUAUAAGUGAAGUAAAAGUUUAUAGUUUAAAGGCUUUACAAGGAUGUCUUUGUAUAAUUACGACUUGUUUCAACGACGAAGUUAAUAUAUGGAUGAUGAAGGAUUAUGGGGUGAAAGAGUCUUGGACAAUACUGUAUAGUUUCUAAGGUGUAGAUACUAGAUUUUGGUUAAUACUGUUACUCUAAAGAAUUAUGUUACAACAUAAUGUUGUACAGAGAACAACCAGAACAAGUGAAGUGUUACUUCACGCAGAAUAACUAG